AUGGUUGGCACCAAGCUCAUCUGGGGCGGAGGCUCACUUAUGGUCGAGGCUUCAUACCCGACUCUUGAAUCCAUCAAUACAGUCCUCGAUAUUCUCCAUGACAAUGGUAUCAAAAGUAUCGAUACUGCCAGGAUCUAUGCCAAUUCCGAGGAUCGUUUGGGCCAGGUCCACGCCGGUUCCCGAUUUUCCAUCGAUUCGAAACAUCCCGGUGGAUUUGGCCCCGAGCCUUUCACCCCGGAGUCUUUCGUUGAGACCUUGAACACGAGUUUGGAUCUUCUCCAAACUGAGCAGCUUGAUGUGUACUAUAUCCAUGCUCCCGAGCGAAAGAGGCCACUCGAAGACUUGCUGGCGAGUGUCAACGCGAUGUAUCAAGCCGGGAAGUUCAAGCGCUUCGGGCUUUCCAAUUAUCUGGCCGAAGAAGUCGAGGAAGUGGUCCGCAUCUGCCGCGAAAACGAUUAUGUUGUGCCAAGUGUGUUCCAGGGAAAUUACUCUGCCAUUGCACGUCGAGGCGAGAAAGAGAUUUUUCCAACGCUGCGGAAACACAACAUCUCCUUUUAUGCCUAUUCACCCAUCGCAGGAGGCUUUUUGACCAAGGAUGUUGAGACAAUCAUCUCCGGCGGCGAGGGCCGAUGGGAUCAAAGCACGCCAGUAGGGGGAAUCUAUAAUGCACUAUAUAACAAGCCAAGCAUGCUGGAGGGCCUGAAACUGUGGGGGAAGAUUUCCGAGGAGUCUGGUAUCUCGAAGGCUGAACUGGCCUAUCGAUGGGUGGCGCACAACUCGGUGUUGGAAGGCAAAUUUGGAGAUGGAGUAAUUUUUGGCUCGCGGAAUGCUGAGCAGCUCCGUCAGACGCUUGCUGGUUUGAGCAAGGGCCCUCUGAGCGCGGAAAUCGCAGAACGGAUUGAGGAGGUGUGGAAGAUUGUCGAGCCUGAUGCGCCGCUGGAUAACUUCAAUUCAUUUUUUAAGUGA